GUAUUUCCGGUGUUCACUGUUGUCGGUGUCGUCACAAACACGUUGAAUCUCGCGGUGUUUUCCCGUCUGGGACUCACCAACUCGGUCAACAUUUGUUUCUUUGCCCUCGCCCUUUCAGACGUCUGCUGCCUCACGGUCUUCCUCUUCGUGCUGGUGACCGCUUACAUUCGGCGUGUCUUUCCGAACCAUUUCAUCAACUUUCAAGAUCUGAGCAGCGUAGCCACGUGGUACUACAGGAUGUUCUACGACAUCUCCACCAUCUCGACCACCUACAUCGCUGUACAGCGAGGCUGCUGCGUGGCGCUGCCAUUCCACUUCCGGGAUUUCUUCACCAAGGAGCGCGUCAUCGCUGGAGUAAUCUUCAUUUAUGUUUCCGGCAUGGCCUGCUACGUCCCAGUAUUCGCCACGUCACUUCUACUGCCCGCAAGAGAUUCUCAAACGAAUGCAACGCAGGUCAGGUUAGUUUUUAGCUCCGGGAGCGACAAGAUUUUAGCCGCCGUGGACAUCUUAAAGAAAUUUGCCUUGACGUUCGCAGGCGAAUUCCUUGCUCUACUUUCUCUCAUGGCCAUCGUCAUUGGAAUGAAGUCUGCGUCUGAAUUUCGCCAUGCGUCGUCACACACUGGCUGCACCCGGGACGGUAAUGUAACGUUUGGCGGAACAAACCAGAGAGAUGGCGAUCAGCUUCAUCGGACAGAUACCGCUCCAGCAGUAUCGAAAAGUCAACGAAAGGAAAAGAAAAUCGUCAGGCAAGUACUCUUGAUAACCACGGUGUUCAUUGUGUGCAACACGCCCCAGAUGGUAGCAUCAAUCGUUGGCCGUGUCGUGCCUGGAGUCGACUUGUUCGGUCACAACAGAAAUGUCUACUUCUUAACCUACACGGUCGUCAAUGUCUUUGAACUGUUCAAUUCCUCUUUCAACUUUUUCAUUUACUACAAGUUCAACACCAAGUUCAAGGAGAUUGUGGACGAUGCUUUGUGUAACUAGCUGGAACAAGUGGCGUACACUGAGUUGGAAUAUUCUUAACGUUGUCGCACACACACAAUUCUCACCAAAACAAAGCAACAAAAAAAAGGAGAAGAACGGUUAAACUAUUUUUUAAAAUCAUGAUCUUUGUCGCUAAAAAAAAAAAAAUGUGUUGAGAGUUUCUGCAAUUAUUGAAAAAAAACAACUGUGAAUAAUAG